AAUGGAAUUUUUAGGGCUAGAAAGCGAGCGAGGUCUGGAGCUGCGCAUAGCAGUCGUGCCAUCGGGAAAAGACAAUAUCGUCCGCGCGCUGAAGAGACACAUCAGAGCCCCUCAGGCGCAACAGCACAAGUGGUCGUCUGAUAGCGUGACUGAUACGCAAGAAGGGGAAGAGGAAACAGGAUUGCGUAAGAAUAAGGAUCAGACGAUUUCUUCCGGUUUGGAUGGGAUUGCUGAAAGAUCAUUAAUGCGUAACGCUCAACACUCCCUCAUGUGAGGGUGUAGAAUGGAAACAACCCUCUACCUAGGCACCGUGAACACUCCGAGGGUCUCCAGCAUCUAUUCCCAGAGCACGAUGAUGAAGAAGGAUAUUAAUCUGAACCUGGACCACCACAACCCCGAGCUCAAAACAAACCCGCUACGGGACACCGACGGACUUCUCAACUCCCCGGACUUGGGACUCUUGAAACUAACCUCCCCAGACCUGGAGCGCCUUAUCAUCCAGUCAAACGGUCUGGUGACCACCGGCAACCCGGCCUCCCAAUUCCUCUACCCGAAGUCCGCCAGUGAGGAGCAGGAGUUCGCGGAAGGCUUCGUCAAGGCGCUGGAGGAUCUUCACAAGCAGAAUCAGCUGAGCGAAGCGGGGUGCGUCUCCGUGGACAGACUGGAGCUCCUCGGAUCAGCACACGCAGUCGGCUCCGGCGGGCUUCAGACAACAGACCUUCCGGUUUACACCACUCUGAACGGCUAUGCGGCCAGUCCGCUCGGAGCCACCUCCAUCAACUACUCCACGGACACCAUCCCCUUCCCACCGCCUCCGUCUCAUCUGGCCAGCGCGCAGCAACAGGCGGCUGCUGCGGCGGUUCUGUCACGACUCCAGUCUGCCGGGUUGGUGAAGGACGAGCCUCAGACUGUUCCAGACAUGCAGUGCUUCGGGGACAGCCCCCCUCUGUCUCCCAUUGAUAUGGACAACCAGGAGCGCAUCAAGGCGGAGAGGAAAAAACUGCGGAACCGGGUAGCCGCCUCCAAAUGCCGCAAGAGAAAACUGGAGAGGAUCUCUCGACUGGAGGACAAGGUCAAGAACCUAAAAACGCAAAAUACCGAGCUGGCCUCCACAGCCAGCGUCCUCAGGGAGCAAGUGGCCCAGCUGAAGCAGAAGGUGAUGAACCAUGUCAGCAGCGGAUGUCAGCUUUUACCAAACCAGGUCCAGGCUUACUAAAUCUCAUAAUGGAGCUCUUCGUGGAUGUUUUUUUGUAUACGGCUCUGAGUAUGCUCCCAGGAUGCAGGCGUGUAUAAAGCGGGACAUUUGCCUUUUGUAACACAAAAUCCUUAUCAGAGAAUUAAUAUUGCACCCUCCAGAACAUGUUAACUGAGGAACAGAAGACAUUUGCACACCUUGAGAGCUACAAGUCUACUGGAAUAAUGGCAGGUUAACCAGCAGCAGGUGUGGGCUGCAGCCUCUUCGGAUUCAGGAACAUCUGGCAGUGUUACGCAGCAAAAAGACUUCAUUUUUUGGGAAGCCAUGUAGCAAACUGCUAUAAAGUGGACUGGUGUGGGAUGGCGUUUAUAUGCGUGAGCUGGACAAUCUCAAGACAAGUGCAACCAAAGACCAGUGCUGUCACCCAAUGUGUAAAAUAAUGCCUUACUUGUUUACAAGCACUUAGCAAUGACAAAUAUAUAUUUUAUUUACUGAAACAUUUCUUAUUUUCCAUAUGGUCUUACGUCUAGUUUUUUCCUUUUCUUUCUUUGCAAAAAUGAACGCUGCAUGUCUUGUUGCUUUCGUGUACAGUAACAAUUGUAUUUUUCAUUAUGGUGGCUGCUGUGUAGUUCUUCAGUCACCAAACUUCCAUGAAUGUAUGUGUACAUGCUGAGAAAACCUAUCUAUCCAUGUGUAAUGGACUCUCAAGUCUCUACCUGACAUUUAUUAAAUUCACUACAUUACUAAA